AUGGAUUGGGCCAGAUUAGAAAUCAUAGUCCCUGCAAUUCUCAUUAUUUUAUAUAUCUUGUAUUAUAGAAAAUUCAGAUUUUACCUAAUCGCUGAAAAAGCUCAACCAAAUAUCAUCAGACAUAAAUUAGCUCGAGGAACACCUCCUCCUUCAUAUCCAAAUGGAUGGUAUAGACUUUGUAGAAGUGCAGAGCUGAAGAUAGGCUAAGUAGAAGAAAUCAAAUUUGCUGGUCGACAUAUUGCUUAUUAUAGAGGUACAGAUAAAGUAGUUUAUGCUGUUGCUGCUUAUUGUCCACACAUGGGAGCUAAUCUUGGAAUUGGAGGAUAAGUCAAAUUUAACUCCUGUAUUGAAUGUCCAUUCCAUGGAUGGGCAUUCGAUGGAAAAUCUGGAUUAUGUGUCAACUCUGAAAAAUUAGAUCCAAAAAUUGUAUCAACAUAUUGUUACAAUAAUAUUGAAAAUAUGGAUCCAAAUAAGAAAGGAGAAUAUUUACAAAAAGUAUAAGAAGGUGAAAUCAAAAUAAAAACUUAUCUGGUGAAAGAAUUAAGAGGGAUGGUGUAUAUAUGGCUCCAUUGUUUGGAAGCUAAACCAUGGUAUGAACCAGUGUCAGAAUAAAGUGAUCAUCUUUAAUUAAGAGGGGAGAGUGUGAAUUAUGUAAAUUGUCACAUUUAAGAAAUUCCUGAAAAUGGUGCUGAUGCUAGACAUUUUGACUAUAUUCAUUCAUCAGUUAAUGACUAUAUUCCAACUUGGAUAGUCAGUUUCAAGUGGACAAUGAAAAGUCUGCCUGCGAAUGACCCAGAUUUCUAUAAGAAAAUGGAACAUAGCAAGGAGAAAGUUCGUAAAUAUUAAAAGAAUCUAUUCGAUCAGUAUUUAUCAAAUAAAGAUUUACGAUAAUAUAUGAAUGUUUUAUGUUUGGAUGCAUAUUUGGUGAUCUUUAAUAAAUGGAAAUUUAAUGUGAUUUGGGCAACUGGAUUUUAAAUGGGACCAGCAACUGUGGCCUUGUAUGUAUUGUCUGAUGUUUUUGAGGCUUUAUAUAAAUAGGCUAUUCAACCAGUUGAAAGAUUCAAUUUGAAAGUGUUUCAUACAUUGUACACCACAAGGUUACUACCAUAUUGGGCCAGUGCUUACAUUUUGGGAGGAGAAUUGAGACAAGUGAUUGCAGAUGUCAGUUUGUGGAAUAAUAAGAUCUUUACAGAUAAGGUCUCUUAUAAUUUAAAGGGUGAUGCUGAUCCAUUGCUAUUGAGAUGGAGAUAAUGGGAUCCAGGGAUUUUGAGAAAAGUUUAGAUGCUCUAGAAUGGUGAAUAUGAAUUUAAUAAAUUAAAAAUGUUAUAAUAAGAAUAAUUAUUUAUUGUUCUAAUAGUGUUAGUUAUAAUAGCAUUCAUCAUCGCACACUUAAUAACCAAAUGCUAAGGAAAAGAAAAGGAGUAAUAAGCAAAGGACAGAUUGAAAAAAAAGUUCAUUAAAAAUAAUAUUGAAACAUUAAAUGACAUGAAUGAAGAAGAAGCCUUAUUACUUUAAGAAACGUUUAAGAAUACACUUGAGAAUUCAAAACAAGGAAAAAUUGCAAAAUAUGAUCCCAGGAUGUAAAAAAUAUAGGAAAUCAGAUAAAAAACUGUGAAAUUUAUUCUUACACAUGAAUGA